CCAAAUUGGGUGAAGUCAAGAAACGGAUUCAGUUUCUCAGGUCCAAAGAACAAGAAAUCGAACCAGGCUGGCCUAAAAAAGAUUCACAAAAUCUGGGCUCACAUUCUAAUGUUGGCAUGCUAGAGUUUGGAAAUCAGUUGCCUAUGGAUAUUGGUGGCUUUCCUAGCAAUGUUCAUGCUAUGGAUUUCGGACCAGAAACCAGCGUUCAGUCAUCACAGGCAGCCUUCUCUCAGCUUCAACAGCAGCUGCACAUGGAGCAGCCAUGGAACAGUAUUGAUUCUCCAUUCUUGUUUGAACCUGAAAGUGCACUCUUGACUGGAGGCGAGGAAAUUCUGCAAAGCUAUAUUGAUAACAAUGAUGAAUCUUGUUGGAUGCAAUCACCUCUGUUUCAAGAUACGUAUUCUUUUAGUCCAACCGUGGAAACACCUUUCUGCUGUGAAUUACAAGGUUGGACUGCUGCAAAUUGUGAUCAGCCUCCGAGAUCGAAUCAAGCAAUUGAUAACAAUGAUGAAUCUUGUUGGAUGCAAUCACCUCUAUUUCAAGAUACGUAUUGUUUUAGUCCAACCGUGGAAACACCUUUCUGCUGUGAAUUACAAGGUUGGACUGCUGCAAAUUGUGAUCAGCCUCCGAGAUUGAAUCAAGCAAUUGAUAACAAUGAUGAAUCUUGUUGGAUGCAAUCACCUCUCUUUCAAGAUACGUAUUGUUUUAGUCCAACCGUGGAAACACCUUUCUGCUGUGAAUUACAAGGUUGGAUUGCUGCAAAUUGUGAUCAGCCUCCGAGAUCGAAUCGAGCAAUAUUUUAAUCAGGAUUAGGACCCAUUUUCUUUUCCCUUUUGAUUCAUGUAUACAUACUUGUAACUCGUAAUAUAGAACAAUAAUCGCUGGAGGGAAGAGAAAGGAAUGAUGUACAGUACAUUCCACUGUGUUACUGAUGCUAUAAACAACACUUACUGCUGGAA